AGUGAAAGGUCACAAAUAUGGUGGUUUCCAUACAGUCACUCAUGACUUUUAUUUCCCGUAAAAUACAAUUAGAUUAAUAUUUUCAUUGAUUAUUAAAACAUCCGGGGUAAGUGGGGUGAUAGAAGGCAGAGAGAAGUAUAGCAAAAUCUCAGAGUUGGGUUUGGUUUGUAGAAUGCAUCGGUUAUACAUAGUAUUCAUACAAAUAACACUGGAUUCUCAGCUUCACUUGAAAAGUAGAAGAUGAGUUACAAUUAAGUGUGUUGACUUGCUGUAGGUUCACCGCCUCGUACCAAACCAUGUUUUCGCCAUCUUUAUCUGCUGCAGGCCUCUUUAGAUGUUUCUCCAAGAAAAUUCCUUCCAGGCUAUCGGUCUCUUGUAGUGCAGGACCGGAUGCUACAGUUGCACACUAUGAUGUCAUUAUUGUGGGAGGUGGACAUGCUGGAACAGAGGCAGCAACUGCUGCAGGUCGGAUCGGAGCCAAGACCCUUCUCCUUACUCACAAGAUAGAAACUAUAGGUCAGAUGUCAUGCAAUCCAUCUUUUGGUGGGAUUGGAAAGGGCCACUUGAUGCGAGAGGUAGAUGCUUUGGAUGGAGUAUGUGCCCGAGUCUGUGAUAAAUCUGGAGUUCAUUACAAGGUUCUGAAUCGAAGGAAAGGGCCAGCAGUUUGGGGUUUGCGUGCUCAGAUUGACAGGAAGCUCUACAAAAAGUACAUGCAGGAGGAAGUUCUCAGCAGUCCUAACUUAACAGUACAGGAAGCUGCUGUGGAAGAUCUGGUGAUUGGUGAAUCAGAUCCUCAGCGUCAGGGGUCAUGUCGAGUUUGUGGUGUCAUCCUAGCUGAUGGCAGCAGAAUUGAGGCAUCAAGUGUUAUACUUACAACUGGCACCUUUCUGAGAGGAGUAGUUGGGAUUGGCUUACAGUUUCAACCAGCUGGCCGUCUUGGAGAUCAGCCAGCUAUUGGCCUGGCGAACACUCUUGAGAGGCUUGGUUUCACUGUUGGGCGGUUGAAAACAGGUACUCCUCCAAGAAUUGUUAAAGACACUAUCAAUUUCCAGGUCCUGGAAAAAAUCUUAGCUGAUGAUAUUCCUGUUCCUUUCAGUUUUUUGAAUGACUCGGUGUGGAUAAAGCCAGAAAACCAGUUGCCUUGUUACUUAACCCAUACAACAGCAGAAGUCAGUCGGAUAGUCCGAGAAAAUCUUCAUCUUAAUCAACAUGUUAGAGAGACCACUCGAGGGCCACGUUACUGUCCAUCAAUUGAGUCCAAGGUGCUUCGGUUCCCAAACAGGACACACCAGCUGUGGCUGGAACCUGAAGGCUUUGAUUCAGACCUGAUUUACCCUCAAGGCCUGUCUGUCACACUGCCAGCUGAACUUCAAGAACAGCUACUUAAACACAUCCCUGGACUUGAGAAGGCUAAGAUGGUACAGCCAGGUUAUGGGGUACAGUAUGAUUACCUGGAUCCUCGACAGAUUACUCCAUCUUUGGAGACCCACAAAGUUCAAGGACUGUUCUUGGCAGGACAGAUUAAUGGAACGACUGGAUAUGAAGAGGCAGCAGCACAGGGUAUCAUUGCUGGAAUUAAUGCUGGAUUGCGUGUGAAGGGGAAACCUCCAUUCAUGGUUAGCCGUACAGAAGGCUACAUUGGGGUACUAAUUGAUGACCUUACUACGAUGGGUACCAGUGAACCUUACAGGAUGUUUACCAGCCGAGUUGAGUUCCGGAUGUCCUUGCGUCCAGAUAAUGCUGACCGAAGGCUGACUUUCAGAGGUUACCAUGAAGCUGGUUGUGUCUCUCAGUCGCGUUACAAGCAAGCGUAUAGUAUGAAGAAAAAUUUGGAAGAGGGGACUGCAUUCUUGAAGUCCUUGAAGUUCUCAUCUUUUAAGUGGAGCAAAUUAUUUCCAGAGAUUAAUAUCAGUGUGGACAAGUCUGAGCAUAUUAGUGCAUUUGACAUGCUGACAUACCAAGGUGUUGAUGCGUCGCUGUUAGCUAGAGCCUUCCCAGAGUCAUUAAUGAAAUUCAUUGAACAACCAAGACUGGCACAGAGAUUAAAAAUAGAAGUUUAUGAGAUGCAUGUGGAACAGCAGCAGCAGGAGAUAGAGGAGGUUCAGAAGGAUGAAGCAUUAAGGUUGCCUGACAACUUGGACUACAUGUCCCUCAACAUUUCUCUUUCUAAAGAGGUGCGGGAGAAGUUAGCAUUUGGUCGCCCUCAGACGAUCGGGGCUGCAAGUCGUAUUCCAGGGAUAACACCAGCUGCUGUUGUGAAUCUGCUGCGUUUUGUAAAGCAUGAGCAACAACAAUGCAGGAGUGAGUGACAAAGUCUGGGGCAGUUAACCCCCACCCUACCAAAGAGUUUGAAAUAGACACCAAACAGAAACUUUUUGCUUCAGUGAAAUUUGUUGGGCAUACCUGCUUUUAACUGUGUUACAACAUAUUUAAGUUCCAAUUAUUUUGACUUGCAGGUGAAGAUGAUUCAGAUUGUGUUUACUAGAUCAUUUUUUAGUUAUGGUCAGAAGCAGCUGAUGAUGUUUUUAGUCUUAUUACUACCCAACAGCAUGACUCCAAGACUUUACCAUUGUAUAUUACAAUGGCAUAUGCUUAUUUAAUUACCAAAAUUUUAAAGACCGUGUCUUCAUUAUGUGUGGCUUUCCUGGUAAUCAGGAUAAUACAGCAAGUAAUAAAGCCGUUAAGUUUAAAAAAAAAAUCUGUGUGUUAUUUUGAAGUUUAGUUUUCAUGGUAAUAAAUACUGUCUGAUAGUUCUAUGUUUGAUGUGAUAACGAUGUUAAGAAAGUUGUUCUAUAGCAUGCAUUACUUUGAAAGAUGUCUGAGUUAAAAUUUACGUAUGUGGUAAAUGUGGUAUAUCACCGUCAUUUUAGAAAAGGCUUCAUUCACUUAAUGAUUCUGUCCACAGAAUAUCAUUCUGAUGAACCAGGUUUUGACCAAAAUGGCAAUUUUCUAUUGAGUUUUCAUGCUCUGUCUACCCACUGGGAUUUUUGUGGAGAUUGUGGUGCCAGAGAUAAGUGGAUAGUUGACUGGAAU